AUGGCGUACAAUCAAUACGCGUACAGCCAGUCCCAACAACCGACCUCGCCUGGACAUGGCCAGCCGCUUCAACAACCGGGCGUUUACAGGAUGAGCAGCAUCCAGGGUGGUGGCGACCCCAUGGGGCGUCGACCAAGUGCCAUGUUCGGGAGGACCCGGAGCGAUGCAAUGACCAGCCUCCUCACGGCAGAGGGGCCCAUCGGCCAAAGCUUGUCUGCACCCGAGGAGGAAGCGCAAGAUGAAGCCACAGAGGAAGCAUCGGAGGAGCCAUCCGUGAAGCCUAAGUUUCAAGCAAAACUGGUAUGUGGCAUAUUUGAUGAGCGACCCUUCUUUCCCACAGUGCUGCUGGUAUCACUAUUGCUUGGUGCGUUUUGCAUGCUGACGGAGCAGCGGGAAUUGAUCAAGGAAAUGUGUGGGGGCUCCUGGUUGUUCACCAACUUCUUCUCCGUGCUCUACAUCGUCACACUGGCAUGCUUGCUGACGUGCCUUCUCUCGGACCCAGGACAGAUGAGCAGGGAGAAGCAUGAUGAGAUGCAAUCUGCCGGCCUCCCCUUGCCGAAACGGUCUCACAAAGCGUGGUUGUACAAACGACCGAUCCUGCGGUUUGACCACUACUGCCGAUGGGUAACCAAUGUCAUAGGCCUGAACAACCAUCGCGAGUUCAUGGUGAUGUGCACGGGGCUGGCUACUAUCGCCGUUUUGGGAUUUGCAGUGGAUGCGGCUCUUCUGUUGUGGUGCCUCCCUCAAUUCAGAGUCUCGGCUUCGUGGCAGUUGGAAGUUAGCUGGGUUCGAUAG